AUGGAUGGUUCAUUAGCAGAAGAGAAGGUUCCGGUUGACAGUGGAAGCAAACGACAGAACAGCGAGAGUGAACAUUUUGCGUUUGGUGGAGAUGCCCGUCAGGAUCGUAACCUUGCGAUGCAGAUUAGGAGCUUGGUAGAGGUGGAGUCACCAAGCCCACUCAGAUACUUGAUCGGCGCCGCCGUUAUGAUGAUCGGAGUGGUAUUACCCGUCGGUUACAUGAUGUUCCGUAACAAGCGCGUUCCCUCCUCUUCUUCCUACUCCAAACAGACGUAG